AUUUGUUCCAGAUUUUUUUCAUGAAAAGGACGACAGGAGACGUGCUCGAAGUCUACGAGGAUUCAGACGAAGGUGAAAAGGAAUACGAAGAUUCUGGUGAAGAUGAACCAUCGGUCGUCAGAGGCGAACCAACAACGUCAGAUGUGGUGACGUUCCCGUCAGAAUCUAAGAAACUGCAAAGGUUGAAACGCCUCCAAAGACAAAAGAAGCUUUCAAGAGCACAGCUAAGCGAGAAGCGUAAAUUAGCGCACGACAAGAAGUUGUUCGGCCUAGUCAAGCCUGAUGUUACUACUAACAGAGAAAAAGAGCGACUGCUGAAGAGAAUAGCGACAAAGGGAGUAGUUCAGUUGUUCAAUGCGGUUGCGGAACGGCAGCGGGUACUCAUUGAGGAAAUGUCAAAGAAAAUGAGCGCCAAAGAACGUAGAGAAACGGAGAGGCGGUUACAAGGUUCCACCUUCAAAGUCUAUAAAGACGGCGAAGAAGGUGUCAGUAAGACAGAACCUCAAGACAGCGAUGAGGAUAAAGUUAUCGAAGAGAAUGAUUGAGAUUAACCAUUGUUCUAGUCUUUACGAAUAUUUGUUGUUUGUUGAUUGUUACUGUUUAUCGUUGACUCGUGAAAUAAAUGGUAUUAUUUAUA